CACCUGGCCAUCUGUCGACCUCCGCUCUGUCAUCUACUCUCUCCCCUCGACCCCGCCUAAUGCCUUCAGCACCUCCCGCCCCCGACUCCUCUGCUCCUUCUCCGGACCCCGCGUCGGAGCGUCGCCCGCACAUGGAGCACUCGUCGUCGUCCAGUGCGCCAGCUGCUGCCGAGAAGGACCUGUCAGCGCCCAAGCCGCAACGACACGCUCGUCUCGUGACCGAGAUUGUGCAACUUCCCCCCGAUCCCGACAGCGACGAUUCAGAUGACGAGCGUAAUCCUGCCGUAGACCCGUCGCCGAAUGACGGCGACGGCGCGCCGGACGAUGACUUCCUAGCGACGUACCCGGACAGCACGGAGGAGCUGCACCUGCAGCACCUGCGCUUGGAGAACACGUCACUUCCACCUCUCCGCCUGCCGCGUUUCACGCAGCUCCAGCGUCUGUGUCUUCGUCAGAACGAGCUCUCUUCACCUCUUCCCGCCGAGUGUCUGAAGCUCGGCGCGCUGGAGGAUCUCGACCUCUACGACAACAGGCUCGGGCCACGAGUCGUAGACGACGAGCUGCAGGGAGUGCCGAAGGUAACCUCACUCGACCUGUCGUUCAACAACAUCCGCCAUGUCCCAAACCUGCCCUCGCUGUCGGCCGUCGACACGCUCUAUCUCGUCCAGAACAAGAUCACGCGUAUCGAAGAGGGCGCGCUGGACUGGUGCGCGGCCAAGAUGAGGAGCAUCGAGCUGGGCGGCAACCGCAUUCGUGUCAUGGAGAACAUCGAGAUGCUCACGAAUCUGGAGGAACUGUGGCUCGGGAAGAACAAGAUCCGGCGGCUCGAGUGCCUCGAUACGUUCUCCAAGCUCAAGAUUCUUAGCAUUCAGAGCAACCGCAUCACGAAGAUGGAGGGGCUCGAGGGACUGGUCAAUCUCGAGGAGCUGUAUCUGAGCCACAACGGGCUGAAGAAGAUCGAGGGGCUUGAAAAGAAUACCAAGCUUCGCACGCUCGACGUGGGUAACAACGAGAUUGAGGAGGUCGAGGGCGUGUCGCACCUCGCCGACCUGGAGGAGUUUUGGGCGUCGGGCAACAAGAUCCAGAACCUCCGGAGCGUGGAGAAGCAGCUCGCGGGGCUCAAGAAACUCGAGACGGUGUAUCUGGAGGGCAACCCGUGCCAGACGAACGACCGCGCACAAUACCGGCGCAAGGUGAUGCUCGCGCUGCCGCAGGUCAAGCAGAUUGAUGCGACCUUCGUCCGCACAUAGAGAUGACUCUCCACACUAGCGAAAGCGGAGCUUGGCCCGUCUGGGCUGGGUGUGUAGACAUACGCAGACAAUGUACAUUUGCACGAGCAUGAUGGAUGGAGAGUGCACGAUUG